CCUUACGGUACCUACUUAGUUACGGUGCGAGGCCGACCGGCUUGCCAGCGAAGCAAUUUUCGGUACAGACAUGAUGCAAAGUACACAGUAGCCAUGAUGGCAAUGCCAUUGAAGUUCUUAGUUUCUAAGUAAUAUUCAUCAAAAUGGGAGUGGAAUCUGAAUUUGACACCAUAUUUGACCUCCUGGAUGCCAGACAGAAAGGUUUCAUAGAAUACAAUGAGAUUCUUGAUUUUUACCAGGCAUUUUAUUUUAUGCCUGUUGCAAGAGAUCAAGUACAUGAAGCCAUAAAACAUGUUUGUGGCAAAGAAGCUGAUGGAAGAUGUCGGAAGAGUCAAUUUUUAGAUCUGGUGGUGGAAUUAGAGCGGAGACGGCAGGUUGAACAAGGAUCUUGGUGGGACUUCAAAGCUCUAGAUACAAAGGAUGCAGAUAGAAUAUCAGUAAAGGAAGGUCUGUUUUUGAUGAAAGCUACUCACCAAGAACAUUUUACAACCAUCACAUGGCAAUCAUUCCUUGAGUCUCGUUCACACCCUCAUGAAGACAUCAAUUAUUCUGAGAUACGCAUGUGGCUAUGUAAUUGGCCACUUCAUGGGACACACUGUGGAUAUGAUGAAGUCAUUGCAAUGGGAGAGAAGUUGGAUAAGGAAAAGAAGAGACAGGAUAUGCAGAGGAGGAAGAAAGUGAUGAAUCUUGAGGAUGAUUUCAUCAAAGCAAUUGAAGCUCAGGAAAAACAACAAUACAGCAACAAAUUCAGGAAUGAGGCCAAGCGAAAAUUGAACAGGUGGGUGCAGCUAGGAGUAGAGUCCUUGUUAUUUGAUGAUGGAUAUGAUGCCUUUGAAGGAGAUGGUACACAAAGAAAUACAGUCUCUGUCCAAGAUCUUAUGGAAGCUAUGGAUGAGAAAUAUGAUAUUCUGAGAGAGAAACUCCUAUGGGAAGCCACUCAGAAACAUGUCGGUGAGAGCAUUUGGUCAUCAAUGAGGGAGAGUGAGCAUGAAGAACAAGUCUUGAGAGUAAAGACCAAAGAGACUGAAUACAGAGUCAAGGGUGACUUUGAGAAGAUCACACAGCUGUCUGUCUCCUACCAACUUUAUAAUAGUACUCUGAUAUCCAUGAUGGGGUAUGAAAGAUUGGCCCAUCUGAAAUACCUCAAAGAAUUACAAGACAAAGAGAAGAAGAUGAAAUUAGAUGGGAAGACAUCAGAUGAGAUUUAUCAAGUCUUUUCAGAGGAACACAUGCAGAAGAUUCAAGGAAGAGCCACUGCAGGUCAACUUUUGAUUGACCUUCACAAGCGUCAUGUAUCUGAGAGAGAAUUUGUCCUCUCCUUACUGAAGGGUAGUCAAGGUCGUCCAUUGUUUGCUGCUGAGAUGGUGACGGAAUAUGUCCAUUAUGUAACUCAGCAAUUGAUAGCAGCAUGGGAACCAUCUCAACUAGAGUAUUCAGCAAUGGCCAUGGGAAUCUCAGAGAGAACUCAAGAUCUUAAAUCAUCCUGCUACGACUAUGAUCGUGAUCUUCAUGAACUGCUUGGGUUGCAUCGAUUACACCAAGAUGGUGCGUCCAAGCGUCCAGACAAGCCUUCAGGGGAACACUUUCCAAUGGAAGGCAGAAACCGUGGUAUUGUGGAUCUUCAGGUUGAGAUCAUGAGGGCUGUACUUAGAAAACAAAUGCAUGAGAGGAUGAUGAUGAGUUACAUGCUACAAGGCAAGGAAAGUACUGCAUGGAGAGCUGCAGCUAAUAGAAGACCUUCAAGAGAAGACAAGGAACAACGUAUCAAUGAACUAAGAACACUUUGCUCAAAUUGGAGACAAAGUCCUCUUGAGUACAUUAGGAGCAAACAGAAUGCACAUGUUAAGAUGCUGCUGGAAGGAACAUGGCUGUAUCAUGCUAACAAACAACUUGACAUCCGAGGAGGUCACAACUUGACAUUGACCCAAGUCUCUGCACAUGUUAUGGCUGAUCUUCAGCAGCAUCACUCUAGAGAGCUAGAGAGAAUCCUGCUUGAAAUGCAACAUAAGGACUCCAAAGAUCUAAUGUCAAUCUGGCGUCGUGAAUACGGUGCAUUGAAUGAAGAGUUUUUGGAUGGUAUAUCAGCUGUGAUCCUUGGAACCUUUGAACUCUCUUUUGAAGAACUUGAAAUAGUAGCAGCCCUGGAAGCCAAGUAUGAUGUCCUCAGGGACAAGCUGUUGAUGGAUGCUCUAUUAAAGCAAUAUGGAGAAGCUGAAUGGAAGAAGAUGUCUGAAGGAGACAGGCAAAGACUUCUUAUCAAACUCAAGCUAGAAGAGAGACGUCUAAGACAAGAAGGAAAGUUUGAUCAGGCAGCCAAGCUUCUUGGAGAUAGUAUUAAGGAUAAGGAAGCCCUGCAGCAGUUGAUGGGAAAGAAUCGUGAAGAAUUUCAGAAAAGACUUCAGCAGAGGUUGAUGGAAAGAGAGAAGCGUAAAGCCAUGGGACUAGACUCUGAUACAGAGAGUGAUACAGAAAUGCAAGAAGAAGAAGGAAAACGAGGCAACAUCCUGAAAGACCUACAGAGUAGACAUGAUGAGGAAUUGAAUGCUAUUAUGAUGUUACUACGGCAACAACAGAACCAAUACCUGAAUGAGAGGGAACGUCAGGAACUACUGUUAAGACUAAGAAGAGAAAAACGGAGAGCUGCUAAAGAAUCUAACUUUGAUGAAGCAGCUAUCUUACUUGGUCUGGCUGAAAGAAACAAAGCAAAUAUGGAAGAAAAACUGAAGGCAGAACGUGAACGUCAACUGAAGCUAGCCAGAGAAAGAAUUGCAGCAAGGAAGAAGAAAUCAGGCCAAGUUAUAGACAAUGACUUUGAUGAUCCUAGCUUACCACCAAAAGGUGAUUUGGAGGCUUGGCGAGAUGCUGUCCUUCGUGAGAUGGAUCGCAAACAUAGAGCAGAGGUGGAACUUCUAGUUACCAUAGUGAUGGAUGAAGGGAGUGAAGAUGUAAGAGAUGCUGCCAGGAAGAUGGGCAAAGAGGGCCGUCAACAGCGCCUCUUGUAUCUGCGCUCCAAAGCUGAGGGUCUGAACUUGGAAAAGAAAGAAGAGAGAGAAGAGAACCGUGACAUCCUUGAAGAAGCUGGAGCCAUCAAGAGUAUCCUUCGUCAUCGGACGUUGCAAGAACAGUUGAAAGAAGGUCAAGAAGUAGAACAAGAACAGGUGACGACUACACUCCUAGCUGACCUACAGGAAGAACAAGAGAAAGAAAGUGAAGUCAUCAUGGCAACUAUAUUCACUAUGAAUGAGGAGCAGCUUUCACGUCUGCGAAUGGAUCAGAUCUGGUCUCGUCACAAUGAGCAGGGAAGCAAUGCUUUGAUUGUACUUACACAGUAUGAAGGUGUAGGGGAUGAAGACAGUCUAUUGAAGGCCCUGGACAAGAAAUAUGACACCCUACGAGAGAAGAUUCUGAAAGCUGCUCUUAUAAAGAAGGUUGGAGAAGAGAAAUGGGAUGAAUUGAGUGAAGAAGAGAGACAUAAGAUGCUGUAUGAUCUCAAACAACAAGAAAGGAGACUUAGGACUGAAGGGAAGACAUCAGAGAUCAGUCAGCAGUUAGGAAUAGUUGUAACAUCAGAGGGUAUUAAAACAUUGAUGGGUACAGAGAGAACCCAAUAUGAAGAGAAAAGAAGACAGAAGAUGGAACUCAGGAAAAAGAGAGUAUCACAAGGUUUAGACCCUAUUGAAGAAGGUGAAGAUGAGGGUAUCUCAGAGGAUGAAGAUUCUGAAGGUGACAUCGAUGUUCUUACUCAGAUUGAGAAGCGUCAAGAUGCGGAACGGGAAGCUCUGAUUGCUCAACUACGGGGAGUAGAAGCCCAGUAUCUGAAUGAGAGAGAGCGUCAAGCAGAGUUAGCUAGGUUAAAGAGAGAGGUACGCAAAGCAAGGAUGGAGGAUGGCUUCCAUGCUGCAGCAUUGGUCUUAGGAUUAGCAGAGAGACACCAGGCUGCUGCGGAUGAGAGACUAAAGCAAGAUCGAAGGCGCCAAGAGCAGUUGGCCAAGGAACGUUUGGAAGCUGCAAGGAAGAAAAGGAAACUUGGAACUAUUCAAGAGGAAAGCGGCGAAGAUCUUGAUAUCCUAAAUAAUGGAGAUAAGGCUGCUAUGCAGGAUGCUGUAAUGAAGAUGUUAGAGAUCAAGCAUGAGAAAGAGAGAGCUACUCUUCUACGUCUACUUCAAAAUGAAUUUAGUGAAGAAGAAAAAUUCAUUGCAGAGAAUCUCAUGAAUGAAGCUAGAGCUGAAAAACAACAAGAGAUAUGGAAUCAGAGAAAACAACUCGACCUGAAUAACAAAGAGGAACACUUCAAGCUUCUGUUAGAGGCAGCCAUCUUGAAGCUGGUGUCACGUCGUAAACUUCUACAGUCUACAAGUUCAGAGGUUACCUUGGAUGAGGUUAUUGUAUCUAUCAUGGCUGACUUACAGCUGCAUCAAGAUAAAGAGAGUGAGACUAUUAUACAGACCCUUCCAGAUAAGGAGUUAGGAGCACUCAAGAAGCUUCAGAAGGAGAGUUUAGAAGCCAUCAAACUUGAUAUACAUGAGAAUGUAGCCAUAGUGAUAACAAGUACAGAUCUUGGUAAUCAGGCUGAUGAGAGUCAGUUGGUAGAAGCUCUAGAAGCUAAAUAUGAUGCUCUUAAAGACAAGUUACUUGCUGAAGCACUCAUGAAACAGAUGGGCGAAGGUGAAUGGGCUCGUCUGUCAGAGAGAGAACGACAGCUACGUCUGAUGAAACUUAAGCUAGAAGAGAGAAGACUGAGACAAGAAGGAAAGAUGGACGAAGCCUCUGCACUACUAGGAGAUGCUUUGAAAUCACAAAAGGCUCUUGAAGCACUAAUGGGGGAGUCUAAAAAGGCACAAGAAGAGAAGCUUCGGUUGAGGCUUGAGAAACGAAAACAGAGACUCGCUGAAGGAAUGAGUGAGGAAGAUGUAGAUCGUCUUGAGGAUGAAGAGAUUAAGCAGGAGGAGGAAGAACUGAAGAAGCAACGAAGAAAUAUUCUUCUAGACCUUGACAAUAGAUUAGAUGAUGAGAAAGCAGCCCUGUUAGCAGCACUAAGAGGUCAAGGUGACAGACUACAAAGUGAGAAAGAGAGACAAGCAGAGCUAGCUAGACUGAGAAGGGAACAGAGAAGGGCUAGACAUGAAGACAAGUUUGAAGCUGCUGCUCUUGUAAUGGGGCUUGCACAGAAAGCUGAUGAUGCAGUGGAGAAAGAUCGUAAGCGACAGGAGCAGUUGGCCAAGGAGCGUCUAGAGCAGAGACGCCGUCUGAAGGCAGCUUCCCAGGAGAAGAAAGAGACUGUUACCCCUGUAAUGCUACCAGAGAAUGAGAAUGACAAACAAGGUUUACAGGAGGCUGUUAUCCAAGAGAUGGAGAUGAAACAUGUAACUGAGAGAGACUUCUUGAUGCAGCUGGUGCAAGAUGAAAGUCAGGGAGACCUGAGGAAAACUGCAAAUCUGAUGUCUGAGGACAAACGUCAACAGAGACUCGGUGAACUAAAGGAACAACGUAGACAAUGGAGAGAAAGUGGGCCUACCAAAGAGACAGAAGAGGAACAAACUGACAUUCUAAGGAAAGGAGUAGCUGUGUUGCUUGAGAGUCGCCUGCAAGUAAUGAAAGCUAAUCAAGGUCAAGAGGUCACAGAUGAAGAUGUAGAGGUCAGCCUUAUUGCGGACCUUCAGGAGAAACAGGACAAAGAGGCAAGCUAUCUCAUGGAAGAUCUUGAGAGCAAGAGUGCAAUGACCCUGAAGCAAUUGAAGCAAGUUCAGUUCAUUGCAAGGGCCAAUGGAUGGAAUGACAAUGUAGCAGCCACUGUCCUGGUGACCAAGUCAGAUACUGAGAUGGUGUCUGAAGAACAACUCUUAAAAGCUCUGGAGAACAAAUAUGAUGUGAUGAGGGACAAACUACUGGCAGAGGCUUUGAUUAAGCAGACAGGUCAAGCAGAAUGGGCCAAGCUGACUGAACGUGAGCGACAGGCUCGUCUCAUGAAACUCAAGCUCCAGGAACGGAAGAUGAGACAAGAAAAUAAGUUUGAUGAGGCCAACUCCCUACUCAGUCAGGGCAUCAAGGAUCAAGCAGAACUUGCUCGGUUGCUAGGGGCAACCAAAACUGAGCAGGAAGAGAAGUUGAAGCAGCGUCUUGAAAGAAAGAAGCAAUUAAAGGAGGAACGUGAAGCCCAAGGAUUAGAGGCUAGUGAUGAGGUGUUAGAUGAAAUUGUACAACAUGAGAUGUCUCGCAAGGAAGUCCUAGAAGAAAGGAAAAAGAGACACAACAUCUUAGAAGGACUGAACAAUCACUUUGAAGAUGAGAAAAAUGCUCUUCUAGCUGCCUUGAGAAAACAAGAUGAUUCAUUUCAGGGAGAGAAAGAAAGACAACUGGCCUUGGCUAAACUUAGAAGAGAUCAACGUAAACUACAAGAUGAGGAAAAGUUUGAAGCAGCUGCUGCUUUAUUUGGAUUAGCACAACAGCAUGAGAAGGCUAGAGAAACCAACUAUGAGAAGGAUAAAGAACGUCAGAAGCAGCUUGCUAAAGAGAGAUUAGCAGCUAGACGAGCCAAGAUGGCAGCAGAAAAACAAAGUGGUAAAGUAGAGCAUCUUACAAGGUCUGAAAUUCAAGAACAACUUUUGACUGAAGAGAAAGAGAAUGCUAAAGCAGAUGCAGCACAUGCCACCAAGACAGCUGAUGGAGACGUUCUUGUUAUUAAGCAAGAUCCUAUAUCCCUGGUUUCUACGGUGAUGGAUGAGGUAGAUAAGAAGCAGAGUACUGAGAGAGAUGUUCUAGUCACUCUGGUAGAUGGUGCCUUGAAUAAUACCAAGGAACGCUCACGACUUGAAGAGCUAGCUCUGAAGGAUCUGCUUGCCCAGUUAGAAGCUCUGAAGGAAGAAAGACGACAGCUUCGAGAGGAUGCUGAUCUAGAGUUUGGUGAUGUAGAUGUAUCUAAUCUGAAUGAAGAAGAAUUAUCAAGACAUCUUACACAGGUCUCAGAGUAUCAAGAACAACAACAUAGACUUCUUAAGAAUGCUAUUAACAUCAAAAUAGAAAUGACCCGUCGUUCAUUGCUUGAGGAGAAUCGUUUAUCAAAAGAAGAGAUUGAAGAGGAACUUGCUGUCAUGAUGUUAUCAGAGCUUCAACAAAAACAAAGUGUUGAAGUCAGUGCUGUUCACCAUGUUCUAGAAGGCUUUCCGGGAGAUGAAAGAAAAGGUAGAGGCCCUCCUCCUCAUGGGCUUGAUAAACGUCAUAGUAUGGCAUCCAUUGCUUCUGGUGUAGGACACUCAUUCAAAGAAUUAUUCUUCUUGGAAUCUACAGAAAGAGUAAAGAGUGAUGAGUUCCUCCUUCAGAUGAAACUUUCUCAACGCAGAGCACGGCGGGAGGGAUGGCUUGACAAUGUAGCGGUCACAGUCUUUGACAACACUACGGUCACUCUUGAGAUGACCACUGAGAUUGAGGAGAUAACUAAAAGGAUACAAGCUAGAGAGGGUGCCCUCUUAACUAUGGAUAAAGAGCUUGAAGAGAAAAAGGCAAAUAUAAUGAAAAAUGAAAGUGGUAGGUCAGCCGAUGAACUGGAUGCCAUGAUUGCCAAGCUAGAGAAGGAAUAUGCAGACAGAAAGAAGGCUCUAGAAGAGGAGCAAUCCAGGGAGAGAAGACAGGAAGCAGAGAUGAAAGAGGUUAACCAAGAAUUGGAACAGAAAGAACAAGAACUUCAAAAACUUGAUGAAGAGAUGAAAGAAGCCAUUGAAAAAGAUAAAAAGCGUGAGCGUCGUCCUAGUGAAGCCUAUGAUGCUGAUGCUAUGAUGGCAGAAAUUGAGGCCCAGUUUGCUGCUAAGAAAAGGGCAAUGCAAGCUCAACUUGAGCGACAGCGUCGUCAAGCAAUGGAGAAGAUGGCUGCAAGGAAACAGAAACAAGAAGAUAGAAACUAUGAAGAUGAGUUGUCUGUAGCUCUAAUUCAUGCUGCAGAAAAAAGCAAAACUCAGAAAGAAGAAGCAGCAGUAGAACAAAAAAAUAAACAAAAUCAACUGAUGCAAGAUCGUUUGGCUGCCCGGAGAGAACAAAGACGUAAAGCAGCAGAGGAACGUGCUGAAGCAGAGAGGUUGGCUCAAGAAGAACAAAAGAAAAGAGAGGUCUCUUUUGAAAGAGAGAAAGAGAAAAAGAAGGUGAACUUUGGGGAUGAGCCCAAGAAAAAGGGCAAGAAAGGGGUACAUUUUGGGGCACCACCCAAAGCUGAGGAUCUGCCUGGUCCAGGUCUAAUACGAGAAAAGACUGUAGUUGAUGUAGACAUGUCUGAAGAUGAGAAACAACACUUGUCCAAGAUGCUUCUAUCUCAUCAUAGCAAUGCACAAUGGAAACUGGAGAAGGAAAGACAAAAGAGAGCUAAUGAGCUCAAAGAACGUUUGGAGAUGCGUAAGACUCGCAUUCAGGAUGCUGCCACCACCAUCUUGGGCCUGGGAGAGAGACAGAAAACUAUGGUAGAAAAUAAAAAGAAGGAUGAAAGAGAACGUCAGAUAGCAAUGGUAAAGGAACGUGUCCAGCGUGUACGGUAUGAACGCACACAGACCAUGAAGUUUAAAGGAGAAGGCAAGAAACAGUUUCAAGAUUACUUGGAGAAAGAGGAAUCUGGUUUGACGGAAGAUGAGAAGAUGAUGAAGAUAGCCGAUCGGAUCAAUAGUCAAUUCAAGAGAGAUGAAUCCAGCUAUCGAGCAGGACAUAAGAGUGCUUUCACAGCUGAUGACGAAGAACUGGUUUCUAACUCCUCGGGUUCCAAGCCAUCAACGCCACAAGGAUCAGCACGACCAAAGACUGGACGUCUGUUGGGUCAGAAGGAGAGGGAACGGUUGAUCAAGUCUCGACAAGCCAAGAGAAGAGAGAUCAAGAAGGUCAAUAAUAGUAUCUCAGCUGCACCUGACAUGGACUCACUGGCAAAGAUGAUUGAAGAUCGCAAGAAAGCUGGAGUAGAACAAGAAGAAGAUGAUAAUGGUAGUGAGGUAUAGGAAAAAACUGGGCAUGACUGGGAUGUUCUAGUGAAGCCUCAAAGCAAUCCCCUUGUAAGACUGGGGGUGGGACUAGUCAUGAUAAAUGUAUAAUUUGAAGGGU